ACCAGAGCUGCCCUUAGAGCCCGGCGUGGGCACAGCUGCAGUGGCCAGUACAGAGCCACCUCCUGCACCACCUCCUCUGGACACAGGGCUGGGGCUGGCCAGGGCAGUCCAGGCUGCUGCAGCAUGUGAGAGCCCGAGCCAGCACACACCAGGGACGAGAGAGCAAAGGGAACCUUGCUGGAAGCUUCUCUAGAGGAAGAUGGAGAACCCACUUCUUUUAUUCCCCCAGCUCAACAUUUCUGCUUCAAAGGAUAAACCCUAUUACAAAGUCAUGAAACCAGCGAUUAAGGAAGAGCCAAACAAGGCAAGCAAGCCUGGAGCUAAGCAGAAGAGAAAUAGGCUGAGCCUGCUCCUGCAGAAACCUGAAUUCCAUGAAAGUGAUCACCUUGGCAAACCUGGAAACUUGACGAAAGCAGCAAGCAGUGUGUCUCCUGAAGAAGCAGUGAAAUGGGGAGAGUCUUUUGACAAACUCCUUUCUGAGAAAGCUGGGCUGGAUGCCUUCACAAAGUUUCUGAAAACUGAGUUCAGUGAGGAGAACAUUGAAUUCUGGAUAGCCUGUGAGGAUUACAAGAAAAGCAAAAGUGCACAUGAACUUCUGCCAAAAGCCAAGACCAUUUUUGAAACAUUCAUACAGAAAGAUGCUCCAAAAGAGGUGAAUCUGGACUUUCACACCAAGGAAGUCACAAGCCAGAGCAUGGGGCAGCCCCUGCGCAGCACCUUCGACGCGGCGCAGAGCACGGUGUACCGGCUGAUGGAGCAGGACAGCUACCCGCGCUUCCUGCGCUCCGCCGCCUACCUGGGCCUGCUGCAGGGCCGGCCCGCGGCCCGCGCCCCGCUCCGCCGCCGCUCCCGCUCCUUCACCGUCAGCGACUUCCAGGGCGUGCGGCCGGACCUCACCGUGUGGUGACAGCCCAGCUCAGCCCUCCUGUCCCCGUGUGGUGACAGCCCGGCUCCGCCCUCCUCACCCCCUGUGUCACCGUGUGGUGACAGCCCUGCUCAGCCCUCCUCAUCCCCAGCUCCUGCAGCAACCCGGGUGUGUUUUAAACCCCAAACCCUCAGCAGGUGUAACUAAGUGGUGAAGCAAAAGAAGAUUCACUUACAGCAGGUCAGAGUUCUGGAGCAGAAUCUCACUUUCAUAGAAAAGUAGGUGAUGUAUUGGCAAGUCAUAACAUGCGGAGUUUUCAUAUAGGAUUUUUGUUUUUUUAAACUCACAGCAAAGGCUGUGAUCAGAUUUGGGGGAAAAAAGUUGAUUUUCCUGCUUAAAAAUGUCUCAUAUAGUGCCAUUUGAUAUUGCCCCAUAUGUAUCCUGGGCCUGUACCUUUAGGCCAGAGUUUCAUCACAGUUAGAAUAUCUGUAUCCAGUCUUUGCACACAUUUAUGUUUUUGCAAUAUUUCCUACACUAAGCACAGAGAAUUUGUGGUAUUUUCUGAUACUGUAAAACACACAGGAUCAUUAUUAGGUAUAAUGCAAAGUUAUAUUUAUUUUAACUAAAGACACUGCAUAAUUAAAUCUAUAAUUAAAAUGUGGCCAUUGCCUAUUUUAAGAGGAACGUAAAAAUACUAUUUAAUUUUCUGGGUUACAUUUUUCUUAUUCCACAUGUCUGCUGUCUAUUUUUAAGUUAUGAUGUAUAUAUUAGCUUUGGCAUCAAAUGCAUGUAUUCUAAUUUUUUGCAACUAAAUGAGCAGCAGCAAGGGGACAAGAAUGCUAUUUUAACACAAUGUGUAUCCUUAAAUACCAGGUGAUGUCUAUGUAUAUAAAUAUAAAAUAUUUCUACUUUUAUUUAUAAAUAGUCGUGGUAUACCAACUUUGUUACUACAGCUCUUGGACUCGGGCAGGGCAAGUUUCAGUUACAUUGGACAUUAAUAUCCUCUCUAUAGGUUGUAGAAGAGGAAGAAGAAAUCUUCUUUUUUAUUUCUUUACUAUCGAAGAGAGACUUUUUUUUUUUUUAUAGUCAGCACACAGUCAUUCUGUCCUUUUCUUUCACAGUUGAUGCAGACAUACCUUGAAGCUUGGGGCAGUUCUUAAAAUCUUAAACAUUGGUUCAGUUUAGGAAGGGGCUGCAGGAUUUAUCUGUAACUAUGACUUGUAUACUACAUUGUUUCUUAUGGUAUUUAAGCUUUCUCCCUUUCCCUCCCCUUUCUGUAAAUGGUGAAGGAGAAGAGAUGCAGUUCCUGAGGAUGGGACUUUGUGUUGAUUGUUAAUUUGGGGUGUAUAAGAACUGCUGGAUCUGCAGGUUUCCCUGUCUGCUUUAUUAACUUCCAAUAAAUCUGAUCUGCUUAAAGA